UGAAGAUAAAGAUCGAGUAAUCGUUGCUGCUGAAAAGAGACGUGGUCUUCCGAAAACCAUCGCAUAUAAAGGAAUGCCACAAGCCCGAAAAACGAUUAGUAGUGUCGAGGAAUCGUCUAAAGGCUUUGUUUAUGGAUACAUUUCCAAUGAUGGAAAACCGGUGUUGGAAGUCAGAGAGAAAGAACAUGACCUAAUAGAUGAUGCAGAGGAAGCUCUCUCAUCGGAUAGCUUGCUAGAUUUCUAAUUUUGCGUUUUUG